AUGGACGGAGAUCUCAAGAGGGAUUUGAGGACAGUGAGAGAGGAGAUUAAGAGAGGGAUAACGGAAGUUAUUACAUCUUUGAGGGUUAAUGAUUUGGGUGAUCUGGUGAAAGGGGAUUUGAAGACGUUGAAGGAGAAUAUUAGUGAGCUUGCAAAUGGUAUGGAAGGUAAUGACAAACAUCCAUUAGUUGAAAGUGCGUUGUCUCAGCUUAAAGAACAGAAAGAUAAGCUGAAUGUUCUUGCUGGGCCAAACGGUUCAAUUAAGAAGGAGACGGACGGGCUUCAAGAUAAGUUUGAGAAUGCGAUCCAACAGCCGCUUAAGACGUUGACUGAGAAUGUUGACAAGGCGAUUGAGGUGCUUGGCGGGAAUUUUGGUGUAAGUGGCGAAGAAGAUAAAAAGAAACUUGAGAAGAUUUUCGGGCAUAUUAAAGGAAAGGUUGCGGAGAUUAAGGGGAAUGGAGGUUCAGGUUGGGAAAAUACAGGUGGCAAAGGCCUGGAUGGAAUUAAGUCCAAGGUGAAUUUUUAUUUUGGUGAGUUCAGCGAGGAGUAUAAGUUUAACCAAAUUGUGAAAGGCUGGAUUGAAAAGACUAUUAUGCCGCAUAACGGUUUGGUCAGUGAUAGGAUUAAGAACAAGAUUUUUGGAGGGAGUACAAGUAACGCCAUCCAGAAUAUCGCAAAUGGUUUUAAGGAACAGCUUAAGAUCCAAGCAGAUGCAGCCGGUGGAGUGGUUCAAGCAAAAAAUGGCUCUGGUGGAGAUAUUGCAAAAAGCAUCCAAGCUGUGAAGGCAGGCUGCGAGGCAUUCGCCGAUGAUCUUGACGGGAAACUGAAGGAACCGGACAGUGUUAAAUCUGGCAUAGUCUCUAAGGUUAAGGAAAAGUUGACAAGUUACAUAAAACGCGACGCAAAAUGCAUAUGCUAUUGCAGUCACUGCAGAGGCACAGAGUGUAAGCAAAACUCUGUCACCGCUGUCAUCCUGGGUGCACUCGCCGCCGUGUCCCGGCAGGUUGGCAACGAACUGAAUUCAGUGUUUCUCAGCCCCGAUAGCGCAAACAUCGCUGGCAUCCUGGACACUAUCACGCCGAUUGCUGAGGAACUUGAUGAGAAGCUUAAAGCGGCGACAAACAAUUCCCUUCCUCCCCCCGGCCAAAAGGAAAGCCCCGCCCAAGCCGUGGACAAGAGGUUGGGUGAAGUGAGUAAGCAAGUUGUGGAGCUUGAAGAGACCUUUAAAGAGAACGUCAAAAAACCACUUGAAGAAGAAGUCAAGAAACUUCCCGCCGCCGUUAAAGAGUUCGACGAGAAAGCUCAAGAGCAGAUCAAGGCUGCGGCCAAGGCGGCGAUUACAGCGGCGGCUGAGCAGAUUAGCAGUGGUAAGGAUGUACAGCCUGAUGACGUGCAGAACAAAAUGCCUAAUUUCAGUGGUACCUACAAGAAUAUAACAGAAAAUCUCGAGAAAGACCUUAAAAAGGAAGUUGAUGCGCACAUUGGGACGGAUGAGAAUGGUGUAGUUAACAUUAAAGGCACUGGACAGUUUAAGGAUUACGAUAAUCACGUUAAUCAAGAUAGGCUUAAGACCGGUGAAGACCUAAAAGGUACCAAAGACGAAGGCAAACUCCCAGAGGCGAUCGGGAAGAUUAGUACUGAGGGUCUGGAUGCGCUUAAGAUCAUCGAUAAAAAUGGCGGUGGCAGAGCAGCCGAAAUUACUCAACAAACCUUCACCGGUCCGUUCGGCAAAAUUGAGGAACAGCUUGAGGAGAUCAAGAAAUUGGUUGAUGGUGAACGCUCCGGCAGUUCAUUUAUGGAAGGAGACCCGAAUGAAGGCAUCAAGGACUUUUUACGUAAUUUAACAAAUGAAAUUAAAAAGGCAAUUGAAGGUCUGCAUAAAACUCCGUUCACUACCCAUCCCAAGGCAAUUGACACAGCCGUCACAGCAAUUAAGGAAGAAUUGAGGAAGCUGAGAGGGAAGUUGAAGAAAGAACCAAGUGGAGGGCAAGAUAACGAUGUGAUUGACGACCUGAGUGAGAUGCUGAGCAACGGGCUGGGCACCGGUAAAGGCAAAUGGCCAACCAAAGGUUCAAGUAACCUCGACGGUCUGGGGAGCAUUGCUGAGGAGCUUCAGGCGCAGAAUGGGAAGUUGCCGGGGCAAACAAAAAUUAUUGGCGACGCUACGCAGAGUAUCAUAAACGAUAUUACAACAUUGCUUUCAAACGUCAAAAUGAAAUUGGGUCACAAUAUCAUUCCCAAUAAUGACAUUGCAUAUUACAUGGGACAGUUGCAGAAGAAACUUGGGAAGGACGUCUCAAAGCAGGACGAUGAUACUCUGGAUUUCGUGGGCAAGGGGCUAGCAACCGGGAAAAUUAGUGUAGGAGUUUCACAAAUUGAAAAUGAGCUCACAAAGCUAAGAGACAGAUUCCUGAAAACAGACAAUGGAGCGACUAGGGAAACCGACAAAGGCGUGCUGAACAAUCUGGCCGACGUGAUAAAAGAGAUAAGUAAGGAUUCAGAGGCAAGUGGACUAAGCAAAAUUAAGAAGGAAAUUGCAGAGCUUAACACUGCCACAGUCCCGAAGGUGACUGACUACCUCAAUAAGCUGUGCAACGCUGUCACCAACCACGCCGGAAAUGCGGGAUGGCAUCUGGGCCAGCUGGAAGAAAGGCAUAUUAAUGAGGGACUGAAAGGCAUAGAGAAUGACAUUAACACCCUCAGCACCGAUGACCUCCAGGAGGCAAUAGAGAUGUGCGACAAGUUCCUCACCGACGCCGACGAGAUAGAGAGGAACACAGUGAAAGGCCUUGAGAAAUUCGUGGACUACGAAGUUAACGAUGCAAUUGAAGAACUCACAAAAGAGGCCCGUCAGGACUACGUGGAGUCCGCGAAGGACGCGCUGAAACACUUCGCCCUAAAGGCGGAGAGUGAGCUGGGGGAACUGCCCGGCGAGAUAAACAGGGAUCUCUUCGUGGGCUACAAGGGCCUCAUGAAGCAGAUGGAGGGUGAGCGCAGCGAAAACAUUAAUAGGCUAAGGAACGUGCAGAGCAGAAUGCUCCGAGCAUUGUCCUCCGCGUUCCAGAAUUUCUUCGCGCCGCUCGACGAGUAUCUCCGUGAGGAGAUUGAGAGAGUGAAGAAGCAGAGUGACGACGAAAAGAAUCCCUCACUGCCGAAGUCGGAAGAGCCCUACGCCGCCGAGUGGGACGCCGUGCACAGCGAUGUCAACGCCCUGCUCAAUUACCUCUGCGUGACGCAGGGCUUCGACGACAGGCUGCGAGGCCUGCUCCACAACCUCACCGACGCGCUCACACAGCUGAGGCCGCAGGGCUUCCAGAAGCCCUCCACUCCCACGCUGGACUCCGUGAGCAGGGGACUCAGUGCCUUCGCCGGUGAGUUCGGCGGUGCGUACAUCUCCACUUACUCGGGCGCGGAGUGCCGGGAGGCUGACGCCGACAAGUACGCCAAGGUGUUGCUGAGCUUCACCCCGAUGGUGCACGAGGCGCUUAGCAACUUGGCAGAGAAAUGCGGCACCAACUGGAAGAGCAACAAAAUAUGCAAGCUCACCGGCGACGACAGGGACAACGGCCUGGGCAACUACCUCACCAAAUGCGGCUUCAAGGUGUCACCCACCGACGGACUCCAGGUGGGGGAAUUGCAAAAUCGUUUUUCGGGCGGCGCAGUUCAUGAGCUACUUGCAUCCCCAGUGGCCGAAGUGACCACCAAAAUGCUGAUCGACGGCAAGCCUGCGGAAAACGGAAUUAAUGUUGUCGACUUAGUUGCGCUUUUCUAUAACAUGCUUUGUCGCUACCUCCAGGUCUGCCACCUUAAAGUACACGAAUCGCCCAGGUACCCCUGCACGGUGAGGGACAUGUUGUCUUGGCUCUCAGGCCUGCAGUACACUCCGGUGGCGGACAAACUGCCUGACCACUGCAGGGCGUUGCUCAACCGCAAGUGCGACGAUAACGAUGCCCCCAACAGGGGCGACGAUGUCAUGGCACAGUGCAUCAACGGCCUGCCCUACACUAUCGCAGAAGCGUGUUCACACGCCGACUUGCUGCUCAUCGCAAUCCAGGGCCACGGCCGCGGCUUUGACCUCGCCGCCUAUCCCUACUCCGUCGACUUCGCCAACAACACCGCACAGCUCCACUACCCGGCCGACCCCGACGAGCUGCUGGAGAUGAUGAGACGGAUAAUAUGCCGCCUGUGUCGCGUCCUGUAUUUCCUCUACGCCCAGUGCUGCCGUGCCACCGCCACAACCAAGGGCUGGCGGGAGUGCCACUACGGCCGGCAGGUGCCGUCCUCCCACUGGCAAUGUAACCCAUUAAACAAGCAGGCCACCGACGCAAGUCACAACUGCCCGCCCACAUCUCCGCUGCAGUCGUUCCUCACAGACAGCUGUCCCAGCCUCCUGCCGCAUAAGCUCAGUGUAGUUGACAAUGCCAUCGAAUGUGCCGACUGCCCUGCCAACCUACCAGGCCAGCAGUGCCUCACCCCGCUCGGCUUCUGGGACCUUGGCCUGGCAGCCUCCAUGAGACGCACCGGCAGGGAACUUGCGAAGUCACUCGGCCGUCUCUGCAGUGACGCCGACGCCUGCCUCUUCCAACUCUGCCGAACGCUGCGCUUGCUGUGCCCCUCAGCACCGCAGUCACUCGGCGACGUGUUUGCGCUGUUCUUCCAAAUGCUCAGAGUGUGGGAUCACGAAUCGUCCCGGCGUGCGUACUCUCACCAUGAGAGUUACCUAACGCAUCUGAACGGUGAGGCCAUCGACAAGCUGUUCCCUCUGUGGACUCAGCUCCACGGCAGUUACCGUAAUGCCAAUCUCACCGACGCGCUCAAGGCACUCGCCGGGCACGACCAUGACAACUCAGGGCACAAUGCCCUCUCAAGCCUCUCCGCCGAGCCCCCUUGUCAAUCACCCAGUGGAUGCGCCCCCUUCCUCCAAUCGCUGUCGCUGCACGCCAACCACACCUUCCCGCAGAAGCACGCACAGCUGUAUGUCUCGUGGAUAGUGUGGCUGGCAUGGCAGCUGUGGGAGCUGCUGGAGUCCCUGCUGGACGCCUUGAACAACAUCGACUGCACGGCCCACGGCUGUUCCACGUGCCUCUGUCAGCCAAGCAACCACAACGACAAGGACUCCUGCCACUGCCCGUCACUCGUCGAAUGUGGCGGACCUCUGCCGACACUCUACCGCUACGGAUUCACGUAUCGCAACGCCCACGCCCUGCUCGCCGGCAGCCAGAAGAUACGGUGCAGUGACCUCAACGACCAACUCACCAAGGCACUCCACUCCGACCACUUCACUCAACUGUUCCACCAGAUCGACCAACUCCUCUACACCAUCCGUAUGCCCUUCCUCUUCGCCAUCACAGCACUCUGGCUCAUCGCCACGCUCUACAUCCUCCACUCACUGCUCUACCGCAUGGACGUCCUACGCAUCCGCUCCCACCUCCUCACCACCAGGGCCUCACACCUCAUCGACGUCAAGGCGCUGCUCGCCGGAAGCCGCAGGAUGCUCUCGCUCUACAAGGACGUCGACUACUUCGACGAUGACUUUCACUCGUGA